AUUGUUAUUAGAAUCCAUAACUAAUUAACCUUCAAUAUAGAUCUGUUUGUUUCAUUAACUUUAAGGGGUUAAGUCAGCUCAAGUUCUUCACUCAAUUGAGUUUCAAAGUUACAUUUAGAACAAUUCAUUGGACAUUAAAGUUGAGGUAAAACUCCCUCAAUUUUGUGUGUAAAGAACUUGUCUUGGGGCUUACGUUUAACAUUGUUUGAAAUACCUUGUGUGAAUUUAGCAUGAAGAAGCUUUCCUCUGGCUUGGCGUGGCUUGGUUUUUUCAUUGGCAUUUGGUUUCCUUUUGCUAGUGCAAGUAAGUUCUUAAUUAUUCUCCAUAUUAUUGAAUCAUGAUGCUAUCUCAAAUAUUAUUCCAGCCUUUUAAGUUACUCACACUCGCAGCUACAACGUAGAUUGCGGAAAUUUGAACAAGUUUGUUGCAUGGUUGUUGGAUUUCAUUCCGAAUUUAUUACCGAAACAGCCCACCGGCUUAUUUAGAUCUUCACGAUCCACUAUUUGAAUUCACGGUGAGGAUGAAAUCUGAAUUAUGGGUUUAGGGACCGUCGACAUAUUCACUUUUCCCCCGCUUAACGUCAACUGGGCGUUUAGGGGGGAGGAGGGGGUAAGGCAGUGGACGUUAGUGCGGGGCAUUUUUGGACGAAUGCAAACUGAUACAUUUUUAUAAAUUUUACGUCAUGCGUCGGAAAGGCGCUUGCGACAUUAUUUAAGAGAAAGCAGGACCAAUUGUAAAUUUUACAUUGCGAUCUUUUAAACUCUAUAUGCUAAAUCACUAAUAAAUUUAUACAAUACCAAAAUUAUGGUUAGUUUGUUGAUUUUGUAAACACGUUUGAGAACACAACUAAAUUAUCUUUAGUCAAUACGUACCUUCAAAACAUGGCAGCCAGCGAUUCUGGUUUUGAUCUCUGAAUAUGUAGUGUAGUAGGAAAUCAAAAGCAUCGAAGGGAAAAAGCAGUUACACAGAUUUUGAAAGAGAACAGAUAGGAGACGGGGGGUACACGUGUGAAGACACGGGUAAGUGCAUGUCAGUAUUCAUUCUGGAAUGCAGUGACUUUUGGAGCUGAAAAAUUUCAAGUGGAUGCUAAGGAGGGGGAAGGGGGAAGGGGGGGGGGAGGGGUUCUGAGAAAAAGUGAAUAUGUCGACGGCCCCUUACUCAUUCCUGUUCAUGCACAAGGUUCGAUCGAUUUAGUAGUUUGAAUCCAUCCCGGGCCAUCCAAGGUGAUUGAUUGCGCUUCCUAAUUACCUAGUUAAGUUUCUACAGUUCUUGAAAACAAUGAAUCCAUUUUUGAAGCACAUAAUGCAGUUCUGAUUUUUGGCUCCAGUUCUAUGAUAUCAUGUCAAAUGCUUUUCUCUGCAAUAAAUAUUCCUUGCCAAAGCGCUGAGAUCGCUGAGUUUUGUAAGUGCAGACGACUUGCCAAACAUUUCAAAUAAUAUUUCUCUAUUUAAAAUGUUUUUGCCUUCUGGUCAUUAUAUGGGAACAUUUAAUUCAAUACAAUUAAAAAAGAAUUCCGGAAAUUAGACUAGAACGAAGUACUCUCACACGCGAUGGAGUCUAUAGAAAUCAAGGAAUUUUGGUCUAAAGACGGUUCCAGUUUACUAAGAAGCAAAUUCGAAGUAGAAAGAGUCAACAUUACCCAGUAUCCCAGUAGAUUUAGGGCUUCAGAGAUUCACUUGAGAAUAAAAAAGCACCUUUACUAGCAGGGCGUAGCCUGCAGGCUGCGUUCAGAAUACGGUUUGACGUUAGUAAUUAAUUAUUUCAUUUACCAUUGCUUCAGAAAUUACCCUUUAAAACUGCUUAUCAUAGUUAAAGUCAUUUUGUUCUUUUCUUGCAGAUAAGUACAUAAUUGACAAGGAAACAGAUGGUAUGUUUUCAAAAAUAAUAUGUGAUGAAUGAAGUAUUUAUAAAUGACGCUUAACUUUUAAAAUUAUUAGCGUGAAAUCGAAAAAGGUGACAUUCAAACAUUUUUACUGAAUCGAAGUGGUCGCACAUAAUAGAAAACGUGAGCAUCCGAACUUCUUGAACUCGGAAGGUCGUGACUUCGAUUUCCACCUGGAGCUCGGAAUUCUUUCUGAGCUUUCGGGUGUGAAAUUUCUUCUUCAUCCAAAUGUUUUUUUUAAAAAUAUUUCUCCAUUUCUCAUUGGUUGAAAUCCCCGGCUAAGCUAAUUUUUAAUAACCAGCAAGCGUUGAACAAGUUCGGAAGAUGCUUAAGCGAUAUCCGGUAAAAUGACGUCAAGACUACAGGAUAAACGCCAGGAAACUCAGGGACGGUAACGAGAAGCCCUUGGGAAACGGUUGCGUUGUUAUCUGAAGAGCUGUAGAAAAUGGCAGAAAAUUUCACAUCUUUUGCGAAGACGAAAUAGACGAACUGCUGCCAAGAAACAACAAGAACAGAAAAAUUACAACUCCAAGGAUGACAUCACAGUAGUUUUAAUGGAUUUAGAAAAAAAAUACUCUCUGAAACUGAUGGUACAGUAUAGGGUCCAACGGACUCCGUCAACAAUCAUUGAAGUACAGAGAUUUAGUUAUCAGAUGAAAAUUAUGAAAUACUAUGAUUAUUUUAAUGAAUUUCAGCUUAGUGUUUGAAAAUUUCGCCCUACCAUUACUAAUAAAUGGAAAGAAUCUCUCCUUCAGUUUCGGGAGCUAAAUGAUAAACUCUUGGUCCUCGCCUCCUUUAUUUGGUUCAGAAAUGCCCUCCGCAUAUUUUUUCCAAACUGUUGGUUGAAUUAUUAUAAUUAAUAUUUCUCUUUCUUUUCCCUUUUCAGCUAUCAUUCUUGAUCUUGCCGUCGUGUUUUUUGUGUUGUGCUUAAUUUUUUUAAUCUUGGUUGUUUUACUCGCACUUGCCCUUUACAAAGCAAGAAAAGAACGAGGCUUGUGAGUAAAGCUAGUAGUUAUUUUGUUUACUUACAUGACCAGCGGCUAUGUUAGCUUAGUGGAGCUAAAGGAAGUAUUCACUUAGGUCUGUUGAAGAGCUCGAGAGUAUAGAGUACUAAAGUGAUGAUGUCAUCAAAAUGAAAGUUCUGAAAUUAUGGGAUUUGUCAGGAUAAUCUGAAAGAACAAUGUCCAAGAGGCCUACUUGCCAAAAAUGAGCAUUUCGUGGCAAAUUGUCUCAGAGAUGUUACCCGGUUAUAGUCAGAAAACUCCAUACAAACCCUUCUAAUUUUUUUUUGGGGUCGACCCAAAAAGAUUUAGAAGGGUUUGUAUGGAGUUUUCUAAGCAUACUUGGGCUACGAUCUCAGAGACAGUUUGCCCCGAAAUGCUCAUUUUUGGCAAGUGGGCCUCUUGGACAUUGUUCUUUUAGAAUAUCCUGACAAAUCCCAUAAUUUCAGAACUUUCAUUUUUAGAACGUCACACUUUAGUACUCCCUGAUUCGCAUAAAAUCUUACUAUUGUCGCCCCUGUGAAAAGAAAUAAGAAUUGGGGCACAAAAGUGGCUUUAAGGGGCAAAAUGGCUUUAAGGUGUAUUAUCAUUCAUUCAAAAUAUUUCUCCGUUUCUCAUUGGCUAAAAUCACACGCACAAUUCAUCAUAACCAGCUACUGUUGACCAUAUUUGGAACCGAUAACGUCAAAAGUGCAGCAAAGUUGCAGAUUAUUGCAGAUCGAGGAGGGAGCUAUCAACCUCGGCCUUCGACCUCGGUGGAUAACACCCUUCGAGAUCUCCAUAAUGUUUUUUAUCAUAUAAACACCAAUGAAAUACCAGGUGAGCUUUCGCGCGAAAACUUGAUAUCUUCACAUGUGAAAAAAUGACCGUUGCUAUGGCUACAAAAUAAAUCGCAACUUUCACACCAAAAAACUAUUAAAUUGAAAUGGUUUGGUAAUUCAUUUGUGUUUAUAUAAUAAAUAGAACAUUACCUGGCCACUUGGAGAUACGAAAUUUCUCUUCUCCUGUUGAACAAAUAUUUCACUCGUUCGCGCAUAUUUUUUAACACUCGAAGAGAAAUUUCGUAUCUCCGCGCGGCCAUGUAAUAUCCUCUAUAUAUCCGGAUCCUAUGAAAGCCGAAUUUAAUAACUGCUAAUUAUAGGAAAUGUGAAAAUGUUGAAUAGACCGUUUCCGCAUUCCUAUGAACAAAACAUCGACUCGAGGCAUGGGCUGACAGAGCACGGUGAUUUGUAUGAAACUGUAUAAACACUAUCGCUAUAUAUGCAAAAAUCGUAAGUACGGUUUCAUUUUUUUGAAUAUUAGUAUUUUUGCUAUCUCUAAUUUCAGGAACUCGUAUAAAGGGUACACAGUCUCGUACCGAGAUAGUGAAUCCUUGAAAGGUGAGAGCAUUUCCAGUCCUUUUUACGGGCACGGAAUUUACUCCUUCCGUCCUGAAGGUUCUAUCUACCUACCUGGACGCAUUAGCCACAUAGGAGGCAAGAAUGACGAGGUAAAUACAGUAAACUUUAAAACUCAGUUUUUGUCAUUGAGGUGAUGAUGCUAAGACACAAGUAGCAAACACGGAGAUAAACAAACAAAUAAGAAAACAACCAGACACGGUAGUCACAAGACAUGACACACAGUAGUUAGGGCAGGGGAGGGGAACGUCUUAUAAUGGCCUAUACGGCCCCAAAAGGGGGGCCUUCUUUAGGCUUCAGGUAUAUAAAAGGGUGGAAAGUCCAACAGUUGAAGUAUGAAGAAGGGUAGGGAAGUCUGUCAUUUCGGCCCUACUUCGUUCCCCAGGGGAGGGUACUCCCUAUAUUAUGGCCUAUACGGGGAGGCUCCGCUGGGAAGGGGGACCUUUUUCAGGCUCCAGGUACAUUAAAGGAUAGCGAGUCCAACAGUUGAAGUAUGUGGAAGGGUAGGGACAUCUGUCAUUUCAGUCAUACUUAGUACCCCGGGGGGAGGAUACUCCCUACAUUAUGGUCUAAACGGGGAGGCUCCACCCGGAAGGGGGACCUUUAUUUAGGCGUCAGGUACGUGAAAGGGUGGGAAGACCAACAGUUGAAGUCUGUGGAAGGGUAGGGACAUCUGUCAUUUCGAUCGUACGGCCUCAAAGACCUAAAAGGGCUGACAGAUGUAAUUUCUGGCUGUGAAAAAGACGAGAAAACGUUCUGGUUUUGUGGUUUAUUCAUAUUUUAAAUGCAGUGCCUUUAUAGUAGUUAAAAGAGAUGCAAAGCUCUAAACUAUGUAUGUGAAAGGGGUACCAUUUGUCAAUAGAAGCUAUACAAAAGGGGUACCUUUUCUGUCAUAAACGGUAGAUAAAUGGGUAAGGGGUUGGACCCCCGGGCGGAGCCUCCCCGUAUAAACUUUGUUGAGUGCCCCCCGGGUAGUUAGGUCGUGUUCUAUAGGGUCUUUUACCCAGCCGUUCUUGUCUCGUCAGUCGUCACGCAUAAAGGUGGGGGAGGGGGGGAAGAGAGAGAGAGAGCGUCACAAGACUUAAUAGCCCAUCUCCGAGUUCCGAAAACUCUCACUUUUUAAACGAGGCUAAAUGCAAAACCUUUCUUGCGAAAAUGAAUUUUAUUUGCAUGAAAAUAAAAAACCAUUGUCAUAUUAAUGGCUUCGCACUUUGCCUCGCUUUGAAACAGAGGCUCGGGGAAACGCGGAAAUGGUCUAUUGGCACUUGGGGCCGAAACAGAUCUUUUUGAUCAAUCAUUUACACUUGUGUAAAAGUGUCUUAUUGCCCUGAGUAUUUGUCUCUUUACAUGAUAUAUUUAUCAUAGGAGCAUGCCUAUGAGAACAACGGCGUGGUUUUCAAUGAAAGUGAAACGAAGAGAGACUCGCCCCCGCCAGAGAAAGGACAAGAGGAUGAGAAAGUCAGAGANGUAUGUGAAAGGGGUACCAUUUGUCAAUAGAAGCUAUACAAAAGGGGUACCUUUUCUGUCAUAAACGGUAGAUAAAUGGGUAAGGGGUUGGACCCCCGGGCGGAGCCUCCCCGUAUAAACUUUGUUGAGUGCCCCCCGGGUAGUUAGGUCGUGUUCUAUAGGGUCUUUUACCCAGCCGUUCUUGUCUCGUCAGUCGUCACGCAUAAAGGUGGGGGAGGGGGGGAAGAGAGAGAGAGAGCGUCACAAGACUUAAUAGCCCAUCUCCGAGUUCCGAAAACUCUCACUUUUUAAACGAGGCUAAAUGCAAAACCUUUCUUGCGAAAAUGAAUUUUAUUUGCAUGAAAAUAAAAAACCAUUGUCAUAUUAAUGGCUUCGCACUUUGCCUCGCCUUGAAACAGAGGCUCGGGGAAACGCGGAAAUGGUCUAUUGGCACUUGGGGCCGAAACAGAUCUUUUUGAUCAAUCAUUUACACUUGUGUAAAAGUGUCUUAUUGCCCUGAGUAUUUGUCUCUUUACAUGAUAUAUUUAUCAUAGGAGCAUGCCUAUGAGAACAACGGCGUGGUUUUCAAUGAAAGUGAAACGAAGAGAGACUCGCCCCCGCCAGAGAAAGGACAAGAGGAUGAGAAAGUCAGAGAGAAAACCAGAAAGGAAAAUCCAAUAUUUGAAAACCCUGCAUUCGAAAUCCCUGGUUACGAAAUAUUAGUUAGGUUUGACGACGAUGACUUGGACAGCCAUGACUACGAGAUGUUGGACGCAAUGGUUGCCGGGAAGGAAACAUCAGCGACGAUUUAG